UGGCAGCACCGCCCCUGGGGGCGGGUCGUGGGUCGUGGCUCGCGAGUCGCUAUGGCAGAGGGCGGCGGGGAAGUGGUCGUUGUGCCGGCCUCCGGGGCCACCAACGGCUUCAGCAAUGGGGCAGGCGGGACGUCGGCGCAGACCAGCAACCCUCUGUCGCGCAAGCUGCAUAAGAUCCUGGAGACGCGGCUGGACAACGACAAGGAGAUGUUGGAAGCUCUCAAGGCACUUUCAACAUUUUUUGUUGAAAAUAGUUUGCGGACUCGAAGAAAUUUACGUGGAGAUAUUGAACGCAGAAGUUUAGCCAUCAAUGAAGAAUUUGUAAGCAUUUUCAAAGAAGUGAAGGAGGAACUUGAAAGCAUAAAUGAGGACAUUCAAGCAAUGAGCAGCUGUUGUCAAGAUAUGACAAGCCGCCUACAGGCAGCAAAGGAACAGACUCAAGAUUUAAUAGUAAAAACCACUAAGCUUCAAGCUGAAAGUCAAAGAUUAGAAAUUCGAGCACAAGUUGCAGAUGCCUUCUUGUCUAAGUUCCAACUGACUUCUGAUGAAAUGAGUCUUCUCCGAGGUACAAGAGAAGGGCCAGUUACUGAGGAUUUCUUCAAGGCAUUGGGCCGAGUAAAACAGAUUCAUAAUGAUGUCAAAGUUCUCUUGCGAACAAACCAGCAAACAGCAGGUUUAGAAAUUAUGGAACAGAUGGCCUUACUUCAAGAAACGGCAUAUGAAAGACUUUACCGGUGGGCUCAAAGUGAAUGCAGAGCAUUGACACAAGAGUCAUGUGACAUAUCUCCAGUUUUAACUCAGGCAAUGGAAGCCCUACAGGAUAGACCUGUGUUAUACAAGUAUACCUUAGAUGAAUUUGGAACAGCCAGGCGAAGUACAGUUGUUCGCGGGUUUAUUGAUGCUCUUACAAGAGGGGGCCCUGGAGGUACCCCCAGGCCCAUUGAAAUGCACUCCCACGACCCUUUGAGGUAUGUGGGAGAUAUGUUGGCGUGGCUUCAUCAAGCUACUGCUUCUGAGAAGGAACACCUGGAAGCCCUCCUGAAGCAUGUAACAGCACAAGGUGUUGAAGAAAAUAUUCAAGAAGUUGUUGGGCAUAUCACUGAAGGUGUGUGCAGACCUCUAAAGGUUCGAAUUGAACAAGUGAUACUUGCUGAACCUGGAGCAGUUUUAUUAUAUAAAAUUUCUAAUCUCCUAAAAUUUUAUCAUCAUACAAUCAGUGGCAUUGUUGGAAAUAGUGCAACUACUUUAUUGACUACCAUUGAAGAAAUGCAUUUGCUAAGCAAAAAAAUAUUCUUCAAUAGUUUGAGUCUUCAUGCAAGUAAAUUAAUGGACAAGGUUGAACUCCCACCACCUGAUCUUGGACCAAGUGCUGCACUCAAUCAGACACUCAUGUUGCUGCGUGAAGUUUUGGCAUCGCAUGAUUCUUCAGUUAUACCAUUGGAUGCUCGUCAAGCUGACUUUGUGCAGGUUUUGUCUUGUGUAUUGGAUCCACUCCUCCAGAUGUGUACUGUGUCAGCCAGUAAUUUGGGCACAGCUGAUAUGGCCACUUUCAUGGUUAAUUCACUAUAUAUGAUGAAGACAACAUUAGCCCUAUUUGAAUUCACUGAUAGACGUCUGGAAAUGCUACAGUUUCAGAUUGAAGCACAUUUGGACACACUUAUAAAUGAGCAAGCGUCUUAUGUUUUAACUAGAGUAGGCUUGAGUUACAUCUAUAACACCGUACAGCAACACAAACCUGAACAGGGCUGUUUAGCCAAUUUGCCCAAUCUAGAUUCUGUGGCACUGAAGGCUGCAAUGGUUCAGUUUGAUCGCUAUCUGUCAGCCCCAGACAACCUAUUAAUGCCACAGCUGAACUUUCUCCUAAGUGCUACAGUGAAAGAGCAAAUUAUAAAACAGUCUACAGAAUUGAUCUGCAGAGCCUAUGGUGAAGUGUAUGCAGCCGUGAUGAAUCCAGUCAAUGAAUACAAAGAUCCAGAGAGUAUUCUGCACCGGUCGCCCCAGCAAGUGCAGACACUGCUCUCCUGAUUGUCUUCCUUGGUUGUGUUAGCAAAAUAUCACUUCCCUAAAAUACUGAAAGUUGUUUUGUUUUUCCGUCUAUUUAUCUUUGAAAUUUCUGAGUUACAGAUUUCUUUGUACCAUAAGAUUGUAUAUGUCCCAGUAAUUUUUUUCCAUUUUCAAUUGUAUGGAAGUAACUAGACAUUGACCUUUGUUAGUAUUGUAUGCAUCUUCUUUCUGGAUAAAGUUAUUCUCUUCUUUGUUAACUACCUCUCCAUCUCUGCAAUUUCUUCUUUAUUCUGGAACAUAAAAUCUAUGGGAAAAAGUAAUAUGAAAGGUUUAAGGAUAGUUUUAAAAAGACUAAUUCUAUAUUAACACCAAAUUUUGUUAAAACUAUCAUUAAUUAUAGUAAAUGCAUCUUUACCUGAAGAUUUCUUUGCAUUCUUGUUAUUAAUGUGAGUAUGUAGACUAAAUAGUUUUGUUGAACGUUUGUUCCCAAAAUAACUAUUCUAAAUGGGUGUUGAGAAAGAGGAAAAUAACAGUGGAUUGUGCUGCUGGUAUAUAUAGCAAUAGUCUCAUUUCUGCUUUACUUUCACACAUAGCACAUAAAUGGUUAUAUACUUUUUAAUGUCAUUUUAAAUAUAUACUCAGCUAAAAGGGAGAACAAAGAAAGUAAUUUAAAUAGGUUGGAGUCUACUCUGAAUACCCUGGAUGGAAUUCAAAGUAGAGCUCAUCACUUUGCUGAGUUUUAGAUGUGUAGGUAUCCUGAGCUACAUGUUAGUCUAGUAUUUAAAGAUAGCAUUUGUCAUAUAGUGUGGGUCCUAAAUAUAACCAAAGACAAAUUUAUCUGGUGUUCAAACCAAUAUGAAUUAUUUUGGAGCAAAAGAAUUACAUCAUCCAUUUUGGUGAAAGUAUAUAAUUGUAUUAUUUUCUCUACAAUAAAUAUACGUGAUAUAUGUGAAAAAUAAAGCAUAAUACAAAUCCAAA